AGCAGUUUGUUUCAUUUGUACUGGCACAUGUUUCACCAUGUGUGGCAGCAUCGUCAUUCCCGCCUGCAAUCAGCCGCCUACUCCCUACUAACACACUGUUUGCUAUGCUCAUAGGCCAGCCAUAUAGCCAACAUGCUACAAAUGGCCCAUCUGCCGGCCUGACGCUUAAUCUCUCGUCUAACAACCCCUUCCGUAAUCGCGCUGCGUCACCCAACAAUCUCGCUUCUCCCCCUCCCCGCUCACCUUUUGAGGACCCCCCUCCCCGACCGACUUCGAGGAACCCUUUUCUGGACCCGGACUUUAACCCUCCCGCUUCUCAACUGGUCACAUCUCCCGAGAAGAUGGCGGAAACCAAGGGCACCCGGUCGCCCACCGCUGAGGAGCUAUUUAACUCCCUAGACAUAAAUGACAGCACAUCCAAGAAGCCGCAGCCUAGACCGAGCGGUAAGCGAUCUGACACCGAUAGACCUUUUCGCGGCCCUCCACGUGGCGAAAAUAUCCCACCACAAGGGCGCGGCCCCUCUAGCUCUCAUCGCCCUACUCGAUCGCAGGAAGAGGCGCUCAAGGCACGCAGAAUGCAACCCGGCACAAAUGGAAGCAGGCAAACAGGUGGAUCCCCGCAGCGGAGGCCCGAACCACGGCUCCGGCGCAAUAGCGAUUCCUCCGUCAUGGAGAAGCCCAUCACUGAUGAGGAAAGACGAAUGCGCGAGAUGAGGCAGAGGGAUAGAGACAGGCGCCACCGUGAUGGCAAAAGUCGCCCCAAAAAAUUAGAUAUUAUAGACCAGCUUGACGCUACUAGUAUCUAUGGCACCGGAUUAUUCCAUCAUGACGGACCUUUCGACGCUUGCAACCCUCACCGAAACAGAAAAGGAAGCCGACGCGCACCGAUGCAAGCUUUUGCUAAGGACUCGGCGAACAACACUAUCGGAGGCGCGGGACCUCUAAACAAGCGACCUGAUCAUAAGCUCUUUAUGGGACAAGAGCCCCAUGAUGCGUCAACUAUGUAUGCAGGUGCUCAUUCCAGGCAGAAGAAAGCCCAUGAGAUGGAGCUUUUCGAUCCGAAGCAGCGAGGCGAAUACGAAUAUGGUGAAGAGACACUAGGAUUAGGAAGCUCAACGUUUUUGGAAGGAACACCAGCUGCUCGAACCGCUAUUGCCCGGAAUCAAGAAGAGUCGGCCCAGGAAGCCGCUGAGUCUGGGCUAGGACGAAAGAAGUCGGUGGUAUCGCGCUUUAAAAGCAUCAAGCGCGGCCCGAGAGACUAUGGCGAAUCGGGACGAGUCACUAGUCCUGAUGGGUAUCAUGGCCACAGCCCGAGGCCCAGCCUUCCAUCAGCAGGUACUGGAGAAAGAAAUCCUUUUUUCGCGGAUUUCGAUAAAGGAGAGGAACAGAUCAGCGUCAGGCGCAAAGACAGUGAUGCCAUGUCACCAACAACUCCUCCCUCAGUUCCAGGCGCCAGCCUCGAGCGACGAGCAACAACCGACGCUACUAUGGACGGUCCUGAGGGACAAGCAAAACAGGUAGGCGGUGGUGGUUUCCUCUCCCGGGUGAAGAGCUUGAAGGGCGGUCGACGACAACGACCAGAGCCUCCGGCCAAAGAUACUGUUCCUGGCUAUAGUCCUGGAACCCCAGCCUGAGUACCAUGGAGCACCAUGGAAUUGUUGACAGAGGAAAAUCAAGGUCAGGUUUGACAACUACGGUAGCCAGCCGACCAGAGCACUGAUAUAGUUCCAAGCUCGUUUUCGGGAGGGUAGAACAGUUCCCUUUAAAUGUGUGUGAUGCGAGACAUCACCUUUCUCC